AUGUGCGAUCGCAACCUUGUGAGUUCUGGCUAUGUCGGUCCUUUGCUGCAUUUCCCGUCUCCGGACCCCCUAUAUUUCCCAAAUCUGCGAAGCAAUGGAACCCAUCUUUCCGGACUUCCUCAGAUUUCCUACAGCAGACGAGAGGUGUGCUCGCUCCCGUGGACUUCCCCAAGUUCGUGCACGGCCCCGCCACAGAGCCGCGCCUUCAGUAGCUAUCCACAGCCGUUCCUGACUGACUCGGUGCCUACAAAUACAAACUUCAACUCCAAUAAGGGAUCGACAGUGGAAAGUAUUAAAUAUGACUUCCAGAAUGUACAUCAGAAAAACGGGGAUGCAGUUAACCAAGCGACAUCGUCCCUCCUUGAACAUGGAAUGCCAAACUCCUUAAGUUCUCCUAACAAGUACGAGUUGCCAAACUUAGACAGACAGUCACUGCAGUCAGCUGCAGACACUACACUGAGUUCAAGUAUGCAAGUAGCUUGCGAUAAUGUGAAGCAAUCCUUCAGCAGCUCACUUGUCCAAAUGCAACAAUCUUCAAGUAGCACAACACCCAGAGCAUCACUCUCAGAUGGUGUGCCUUGGUGUCCGUCACAAGUGAGACAGAGGAAAAAGAGGAAGCCCUAUACUAAGCCUCAGCUGGCUGAACUUGAGAGCGAAUUCUUGUUGAAUGAAUUUAUAAACAGACAGAAACGAAAAGAGCUCUCGCACAAACUGCACCUGAGCGACCAACAAGUUAAAAUCUGGUUUCAAAAUCGCCGAAUGAAGAAGAAGAGACUGUUGAUGCGUGAUCACGCAUUUGCUUUCUACUGAGCGCGCCGUGCUGGUCUGGGCCAUAGACAAAUAGAACUGUGGUUUGGCCAACCAACAGGCCGUCUCACGGCAAAGGUCACCGACGCGCGGCGGAAACCCGUCUGCACUCCACCUUGGCGUCCGAAAUGGAAAACUGUUCAUAUUGUUUAA